AGGACUGACUCACACUCACUCACAGAGAGAAGGACACACACGCUCACAUCCUCUGCGGGGAUAUUCCUUCACUCACUCCGUGGUUUUGAUGAGCAGUGACUACUUUUGGUGUUUUGCUUCUAUUUUUGGCUCAACUUCUCUUUUCAUUCAUCGGCGCAUGAAGGAAUAUUUAGGAGUAAAUAGUGGCUGACAUUGGAGAGGUCGACAAAGGAUGACAUUUCUGCGAUUUGUUCUUCUUUAGAGACAAUUUGGGUCGGACACGGAGGACGCGCACUGCGCACUCGUUCCCGUUUGGAUUUACCGCACGCGCUUCUGUUGAAUCUGUCACUGUGAAACGUGCCGAUCAAUGAAUUUCAACCGAGCGUCCACUCGUUAUAAGCCGUCGUCCUUCCUCGUAACCCGAUCCAGAUGAGAGAUCCCCCCGGUGGACCUGAACCGCUUUUACGCAGCCAGUCCCCGGAGCCCAGCGCCGCCGCCGACGGCUUCACACCCCGGAUCGGAGCGGUGACACCGUCCGUUCCCACACCCACGGUUUGUCCUUCGGAUCCCUCGCGUCAGGCUAAAAGACUUCCCAUCCGGAUCGUAAAGAUGUUGACGGCGCACAGCGGCCACUUGCUGCACCCAGAGUAUCUCCAGCCCCUCACAUCCGCACCAGUCAGCAUCGAACUGGAUGCCAAGAAGAGUCCGUUGGCUCUGCUGGCCCAGACUUGCUCUCAGAUUGGCAAACCUGACCCCCCCUCUUCUUCCAAGUUGGCCUCCCUCUCCUCAGGCAGCCUGGGAGACAAGGAGUCCUCCAGCCGGUCAUCUAAGUCUGGAGAGCACCAGUCCCAGGAGGACAAAUCGAGCUUCAAGCCUUACAAGUCAUCAGGAGACGGUCGCAAGGAUGUUCUAGUGACAAAGGGGUCUUCAGAUAAAGCAGCUUUCCGGGUGCCAAAUGGAAGCUCCAGUGGUGGCAGUGCAUCUUGUCCUUCUUUUCCUCCCCAUUCCCGGUCACCCAGCUCCAACUCUCCUCCACUGCACACCCAGAGCCAGUCCCACAGACAAAGCCAUUCCCCCUCCACGCAGCCCCCGUCACACUCCCAAGCUUCACACAUGGACAACAAACAGGGGAGCUCUGAGCAGGCCAGCUCAGACACAAACAACAAUAGUGCCGGGAAAAAAGACUCAGAUUCAGCUAAAUCGGUGAUGGACGGGGCUCAAUUAGCCAACUCCAGCCACAUACGGGCCAGUGCCAACUCCAGCAAUGCAAGCUCUGCUGCCAGCCCGAGGCCGGAGAGCAAGUCUGACCCGCAGUCCUCUUCACAAUCUGGCCUGAGCUCUGGACACAUCGCCCCUGUCUCCCCUUUUAAGCCAGGACAUUCUGUCUUCCCCCUGCCUCCCGCCACCAUGGGCUAUCAUGGUUCCAUUGUGGGGGCCUAUGCUGGCUACCCCUCCCAGUUUGUGCACGGUUUGGAUCCUACCAAGUCCGGUUUGGGAAUUGGACUUCCAGGGAAGCACCCUAGCUCCAGCCCACUGACUGGAGCCUCACCUCCAUCACUGAUGCAGGGCUUAUGUCGGGACCCAUACUGUCUGACUUACCCCAACGCUCACCACCUAGGAGGAAGUAACUGUUCCACAUGUGUUCAUGACCCCUCAAGCCUCAAGUCUGGUUUCCCCCUGGUGUAUCCCUCCCAUCACCUCCACUCCUUACACCCCAGCUCCCUGUCCUCCAGCACCACCCCCUCCCUGUCUCACCCCCUCUAUACAUAUGGUUUCAUGCUGCCCAACGAACCAAUGCCACACGCCUGCAACUGGGUGUCUGUCGGGGGUCCGUGCGACAAACGUUUUUCCACAUCGGAGGAGCUACUAGCCCACUUGCGUACCCACACGUCUCUGCCAGGGAUGGUGGACAGUAAGCUGUUGUCAGCCUACCCGUCGUCGGUGUCAUCGACAGCCUCCUGCCACCUUCACCUGCCGCCACACAGCAGUCCAGGUACUCUGCCCAGCUCCUUCUCCCUCCGAGGCUCCCCGGGUUUGGGCCUGGCUCGGUACCAUCCGUACAGCAAAUCCCACCUGCCCGGAGCCCCGGGACUUCCUAUGCCGUCCCUCACCUCCUCCUCAGCCUAUUACUCCCCGUAUGCCCUUUACAGUCAAAGACUGGGUUCGGCCUCAGCCCUCGGAUACCAGUGAUGUCUGAAAUGGUGUUGACACCCACAGAUUUCAGGCACCAGCUUGGACUAUUCAGAGCAGCCAUGAAGCCGGGUCUUGAGACUGGGGUCAUGGCCAGUACAGGGCGUCACGCCUGCCAGGACUAGCACCUGUUAGCCUCAGGAUUGUGACUGGCGCUCCAAAGGCAUUAGACCAGAUGAUGGAUUGUCUGCAGCACAGAACCAACAAACUUUAGUAAUUAAAGAUGGUGGGAAGCAGAGCUUUGAAAAUGGUGAAAUUGGGGGCUUUUUUCAGCAGCUUUGAUUUGGUUGUUAGUUUUGUUCUCUAUAUCUGUCUCAGAAAUUAAAGUCUGUAUUUAUUUUUCACUCAAGCGCUUGGAAUUAAACUUAGGGGGGAAUUCUUGCUGUCCAAAUAAACUGUUCUUAAGUAUUCUAAGUGAAAAAAAAGAACGAUUUAAGUACAUUACUAUUAUGCUUAUCAUACACUCUAAAAAUAAAAACCUUUCACCAUGAUGAAGAUGGACUAUGAGGCUUUAUUCUGGGAAUCUGUUUUUAAAAAAUCUCUUUUCCUCUGUGCUGUUUUUUUUCCCCUUAAUACUCAACUGUACAUUCACACUCUUAAGAACUGCAUGUCUGCGAAAAUCAUCUUGAACAGUGGCAUUAUUUUUAUUUGUAAAUAUGCAGAUGUAAUAUUUUUUCAUUCUUACUUGGGUGGGGGUCGGCAAUUUUGGGUCACUGAUGCAAAUGGUACAAAGACGAGAUCAAAUGUCAUAAAUAAAAAGGAUUAUUGAUGGCUGUGCUAUCCAAACAACAAGAAAAGGUCAUAUUUUGUUAAAUAAAUGAUACAUGAUUUUCA